CCUCUGCAUUUUGAGUUACAUUCGUCAAUCUCGAGUAUUUCAGAAGACACAUGGGAUGCUUGUCAUUCUUCUUCGCCGUUCCUCAAACAUUCUUGGAUAAGAUGCCUGGAAGAAUCGAAUUGUGCUUCACGUUCUACUGGAUGGGUACCCCAACAUGUCUCCAUUAGAAUUGGUAAGCAACUUGUCGGCUACGUUCCGUUGUACAUCAAAGAGCAUUCACUGGGAGAGUUUGUCUUUGACCAGUCCUGGGCGGAAGCAGCAUAUCGAAAUCGGAUUGAUUAUUAUCCCAAGCUUUUGUCUGGUAUUCCAUUUACACCAGCCACAGGCGACCGAAUUUUGUGGAUGCCAUCGGUAGACGAAGAAGCAACGGCCUUGGCGGGAGGGUUGGACCAGGUAGAUACCAAACUGAAGUCUCUACCUCGAUCAAUGCAGUCCCUUUUAGAGUCUCUGAAAGGUGUCAAAGACGACUAUAUUAGGAGAACUUCUCUACAAUAUCACUGGUGCAAUCGAAAUCCGAACAAUAGUAACAUGCCAUAUGACUCAUUUGAUGACUAUCUGAGAGCUUUCAAGAGUAAGCGACGAAUAGCUAUUCAGCGUGAACGGAGCUCAGUUAGAGAGGAUCAAGGUAUUCGUAUCGACACUGUUAGCGGCGAAGAGAUUCGCAGACACCCCGGUCUAGUCGCCCGUAUGUUUGAUAUCUACUUGGCAACUAUUCAAAAGAUGUCCUUUUGGGGUCGACAAUACUUGACUUUGGAAUUUUUUGAACUGCUAGUGAGAUCUGACUUUUGCAAGCAUCUCUGUUUCAUUUGCGCUCGUCAUAAUUCGACUGGAGCCGAGCUCAAAGCUGAAGAUGUUUUUGCCGGGACCAUCAAUAUCGUAAUGGAUGGAAUAUUCUACGGACGUUACUGGGGAUGUCUUACCGAGCACUUAAUCAAAAACUUGCACUUCGAAGUGUGUUAUUGGUCAGCGAUUGAUUUCUGCAUCAAAAAUGGCUUGACCCGCAUGGAACCAGGCGCAGGCGGUGGCGACUAUAAAUGGGCACGAGGGUUU